AUGCCGUCCUUCCGUCGCACGUUUGGCGACUUCUCCCCCACAAUGCACGGAGUAAUCGUGUCGUCCGUCCUCAUCCCUGGUGCCCUAUCAGCUCUAGUAUCCGGUGCCAUGGCAGACCGUUUCGGGCACGUCCUCCUCUUCUCUAUGGGCGCCUUCGUCUAUGGCUGCGGUGCCGGCAUCGAGUGCGCUUCACCCGUCCUGGGCGUCUUCAUCUUGGGCCGUCUCAUCAAGGGCGUCGGCGAGGGCAUGUUUCUGAGCAACGUUUACGUCCAAGUCUCGGAAAUCUCGCCUGCCCGGGUCCGGGGUAUCAUCACUGCCCUGCCGCAGUUUUCCAUCGUCACUGGGAUUGUCACCGGCUACUUCAUGUGCUAUGGCACCGCGCGUAUCGAAGUCUCAUCCCUGGCAUGGCGCCUGCCGCUGGCUGUAGCUUCGUUUUUGGGAUUCGCUCUCUCGAGCACGUACUGGAUCGUCCCGCCGUCACCCAGAUGGCUUCUCGGCAAAGGAAGAAUCCAAGAGGCCCGAGACGUAUUGGACCGCCUGGGUCUUGACCAAAGCGAGCGUGAGGAACUGCUGGAGCAAUCCCUGGCCCAGGCUCAAGAGCAGAAACCUGACGUUACACUGCUGGAAACUCUACGCCAGAUGUUCUCCGAGUUCAGAGAAGCCUUUUCGGCACCCUUCCGAAGCAGGACCAUCUUUGGCUGCUUCUUGCUUGGGAUGCAGCAGUGGAGCGGUAUAGAUGGAAUCCUCUACUAUGCCCCUAUUCUCUUUACUCAAGCCGGGCUGAGCGGCGAGGAAGCCACAUUCCUCGCAUCUGGCGUCUCAGCUCUGGUGAUUCUCGCAGCCACCAUUCCGGCGACAUUCUUAGCAGACAGGUGGGGCCGCAGGACGUCAAGUCUGCUCGGAGGAGUGCUUAUCACCGCUUUGAUGGUCUUAAUGGGCUCGCUGUAUGCAGCUGGAGAAGUUCACGCUGAUACAGGUGCCGGCAAGUGGGUCGUCAUUGUAUGCAUCUAUGUCUUUGCCAUCGUAUACAGCACAACAUGGGCCAUUGGCUUUCGCACUUUCAUGGUGGAAAGCCUGCCGUCCAGGACUCGUAGUAGUGCCUCAAGCCUGGCACAGAGCUCGAAUUGGUUUGCCAACUAUGUCGUUGCGCUAACUACUCCGGUCUUGUUAUCAAAGUCAACCUUUGGGGCUUACUUUCUCUUCGCUGGAUGCUCCUUUGUUUGCACAGUCGUGGUGGCCCUUGUGAUGGUCGAGACCCGAGGGCACAGCCUUGAGGCUAUCGAGAAGAGGUUUACCGAGAAGAAAGCUUUGGCUACCGGCAGAUGGAAAAUGGAAGGUCUCAGGCCAAGAAGGGCCAGAGCCGCAGUGUAA